GAGAAUUCCACAGCAGACAUGUCUUCUGAUUGGUCCGGUGAGUCCGAGUGCUGAGAACAACAAACAAGAUAGGGUGAAGAUCGUCGGGAUGGAUGCAGGUAAGCGAAAUUUUACAGUAAAAUAACAUAUUCCCUUCCCUCUGCGGGCUGUUGUAACGACUAUGGAAUUCAAUCAUUGCCUCUCCUAACCUUCAAGCGAAUACCCAGCUCUGUCCUGACAGGAUUGCCAACUCCCGCUGUCAAACACACUGCUUUGUAACGUCGGUGACGUUAGCUUGCCAAAGUGAUGACUAAAGCUAAAAGCUAACAAACAUUAGCAUGCUCUUAUUGCUGAAUGUGGCGGAUUCGUGGCGUUGACAGCUCUCUGUCCGGCCAUCAAACUUCACUGCUGGAGUCUUGUUGUCAUUUUUGUUCAUGCCAGAAGUUUUCCUCUUAAUUGUAUGCCUCUUGUCCUUGGCGUUCGGAUCAAUGCUAAUACUGAGUUACGCCCAGGAGGAACAUCUAAGUCGAUGCAGUGUCACCAUCACAUCGUUAUUAUGCUGCUGUUAGCACAGCCGGGAAUGGUAUUAGCUAUUAGAGAGGUUAUAUUGUAUUCAGAGAGGCUUAUUCAGCUAAGUGAUGGCACUCAGAGAAAGUAAACAGGCGUCCUCUACCCUAUGUAGGAACAUAUGAACCUGUACUCUCUUUAUUGAUAUGGCAUCCUAUCCCUUCUGUACAGUUAUGUCUACUUUAAGUAACUAUUUUAAAUACUUUUGAAAUACUGUACACAUGACUUGAAUUAAAAUGAUUUUACGAUAUAACCUCAAAACACCAACAGCAACAGACAGAAUUGAGAGUAUGAAUCACAGGGUAAUCCUCAACAAGCUACAAUACAAGAGCAUACAGAUGAUACUUACAUGAUCAACCAAAUGUAAUCGGUGCCAUCAUUUCGGCUCCUGUCAAAAUAAAAUAUGGAUGAUUUAGGGUGCAGAAAACAUCUGCCACAAAGUUAAUAGACAGAGGGCCAGAUGUGUGUGUGUGUGUGUGUGUGUGUUGGUGAAGCAGAGGCGCAGAGUGAGCCCUGACUGAAGCUGUGGUAUCCACAAGCAUUUAUUGAACAUGAAUCAGUUUACAAUUGACUUAAAGGGGUUUCGUGUUCAACCUACAGAUAUGAAUCUAUUUGAAACAUAUGUUGAAGCUUCCACCUCAAGUCAUCCUGAUAUAAAAUUUGAAGACCACAAGGCUGUAACUAUGCUAAACUCACAGACACUUGAGAAACAGAUGCCUCUGGCCUUCCUCUUCAUAAAUUAGGAAACUUAAUCCAGAUAAGACAGUUGUUUUUUAAAUAUGCGACUGUCUUAGAUGUAUUUGGUAGCAGUCGAUCUUUCUUCAUGUGCAAUGUUAAAUAACUGUCAGUCAGCUGAAGGCAGUUACCUGGCUCCCAAACUCUUUUGUUGUUUUACCUGUACAACAUCUUUUCCCAUAAACUGAUGAAAUGCAUUUAACAUUUUAUUUCCAAUGUAUUCUAUUUAAAAACAUUUCCAGUGCAUGAUUAGGCACCAGUCAAGUAAAAUCUGACUGUUUUCUGUCUUAAAAGAUAUACUCUCUUCAUCUCUUAAUGGUGUCAACUCCUGAUUGCUCAAUUGUAAUCCUGGCCUUGAGCCCAGUCCUCCUGGCUGCAGUGAUACUUGUGCAGACUGGGACCAUUAAAGAGAUUGCUUUUACCUCUACGCUUUUUUAUGGCUUAUGUAUAAAGGUACUUGUUUACUACUAGCUGAUUGUGCAAGGGAAGUGUCCCCCUGAUGUUGUGUUUUAUAGUUUCAAAAGUGUUUGCCUGUUUUUUUGUGUUAUCAUUAGAUUUGCCAUAACAACUUCUGCUUGUAAACAAGUUUAUCAGUCAAACUGUUUUGGUCUAAAAUGCCAUCUGUGACUUCAGAGGACAUAUUUCAACCAUGAGAAAAUAACACUUAAUGUCUCAGUGAUAUUGAUCAGGCCUUGCAGACUAUUUUUUAUGCCAUGACUCUUUAAGUGAAUGCAGAGUUUUAAUAAAUUGGGCUGUUUUGCAAGACGGAGAAUGUAAAGAUAUUUAACUGCAUUAUGAGGCAUGUAAGAAUUAGUUAUAGCGAUACUAAAUUGGGACAGUCCCAGUACGAGGGACAGAGAGCAAUGUCAGGACAUUGCUCUGUGGUGCAACACAUUUUUCAAAGCUGUCCCUAACAAACCCCAAGAGAUCUGGAAAGUCUCCGCUAGAAUGGUGGGUGUGAGGUUUCAGCAGUAUGAUGAUGAUCAUUUAGAAAAACAGAGUUUGACUGUAUCAUGGCAGAGGCUAAGGUGUAACACAGUUAGUUUUUUGUUAUCAGUUCUGAUGACCUCUAAAUGAGGAAAACAAACUCGCUCCACCUCCGAAUAUGAUUUCAUAAAAGGUCAGACUUUGGUAUACGGUUGUAGCUCUGUGAUCCACUACUUCAAAUACAAUUAAAGCGUUUUCUAACUUUGUCAGGCCUUUUGCAAUUCAUGAUUUCACAAGAGAACUGGAUACUUGAUACUUUAUUUACCCCACUGCAGAAGGACUCUUAGAUUUGCUCCUGUAAAGUCAUCCAAACUUGAAAUAAAAGUUCUCAACAACAACAACAACACAACUACUUCCUGCAAACUCAAGUCGUAACACUCAACACUUGUCCCCUUUUGCAGCAACCUUGACAUACGACACACUUCGCUUUGGAGAGUUUGAAGAUUUUCCUGAGACCUCAGAGCCCGUGUGGAUCUUAGGAAAAGAAUACAAUGCACUCACAGGUAGAACCAUGAAACACAAAGUGUGUGUGUGUGUGUGAGGUCUGUAUACUCUGUUUUUGUGGAGUGUAUUGUAAUAUGGUGAUUUGUGUUUCCCCCUGUAGAGAAAGACGACAUUUUAUCAGAUGUCACUUCACGGCUGUGGCUCACAUACAGAAAAAACUUUCCGCCCAUUGGUAAGUGAAGAAAUGUACGUCUUUAUUUACACAGCUCCUCAACAUGGCUGAUGAAUUUGGAGACUUGAGAAGUCUGGGUUUUACAUCUUCUUAGGAGCUCAUGCAUGAUUCUUUAAUGUGUUUCAGGUGGGACCGGACCAACAUCAGAUACAGGAUGGGGGUGUAUGUUACGGUGUGGACAGAUGAUCCUCGGUGAGGCCUUGGUAUGCAGACAUUUAGGCAGAGGUGAGACAAAACAGAACAAAGUCAAAGACAUGUAUUUCUCUCCUAGUUAUGGAUAUAAAAUUUAACUGUAUCACUCUGAGAAGCCCUAACAACUCCUCUCAAGAGAGACUCCACCGAACAGCGCUCGUUUUCCACUAGCUUUAUGACUGACCUUUUGUUCUCAGACUGGAGAUGGGUCAGAGGGAAGAAACAAAGAGAAGAGUACAUCAGUAUUCUCAACGCCUUCAUCGACAAAAAAGACAGCUAUUAUUCCAUUCAUCAAAUUGGUGAGCCUCUUUGACCCUUUUCACUGCUGGAGAGUCCUCUCUGAGGCUGUCCUGUAAGAGUUUCCAGUAAAUGGUCAUUUUUGUGUCCACAUGUUGUAGCUCAAAUGGGAGUUGGCGAGGGGAAGCCAAUCGGCCAGUGGUAUGGACCAAACACAGUUGCACAGGUUCUGAAGUGAGUACUGUGAAGAAGGGUCACUCUUACAGAUUUCUCUCCUACAUUUCUCUCCUGGCAGUUAUAAUUAAUUACUUUCUUGAUUACUUUGCGAUUGCUUUUGAAAAAUAUCAUGAUUUCUAGUUCAGCGUUUUUUUUUCUAGGUGUGUGUAUGUUAACUUUGCCAAAUUAUUCAAUGAUAUCACAACUGCAGUAGAACCACUAGUCAGCAAAUAAAGUAUCACUUUUGAUACUUAAGGCCUGAAGUGCCUGUUGUGUCAGAGCUGUAGAGUACCCCCCACACACACACAUACACACACAUAAACUAGCCAGAGCUGUAGCUCCAGUUAAUUCGAAUUGUUCCGAAUCCAAUACCAGUAUCAGAAAUUGCUCCGAUACUACCAAAAAUGUUGGCAUUGGUAUCGGUGAGUGCUUGAGCCCAGGCACCGAUCCGAUACCACGUAAUUUAUUAGAUUAGUAAUUUACUUACUGGUUAGCUCUGUUUUUUAUACUGUUCUAUUUAAAAAUAAAUGGCUUGAAUUUGCUGUAUUUACUUGUGUUUUACAAAGGGUUUAACCUGAGCCAGACAUUACCACGAUGAUAAUAAUAUCACAGUCAUGCAGGCCUGGUAUGAUAUAUAUAUUUUUUUAUAACAUACUGCUAUCAGAUCGGUACUUGGUAUCGGCAGAUACCCACAGCACAAGUAUUGGUAUUGAGAGGGAAAAAUUGGUUUUGGAACAUCUCUACAGUUAAUGACUACUGCCAGACAUCUGUAAUUCUUUACUACCCAGAUGUAAGUAAGCACAGAUGACAGGUGGCAUCAUGUAGUCGGGUUGGUGGCAGUACUUUGUUCUGAAAUAAAAAGUAUAAAGUAGUAUUAAGGCUGUGUCUAGUCAAACUGGCAUAUAAUCACUUGAUCUCAGCAAUGUAUAACCAGCACAGACAUAUGGACAAUAAUCUGCAAGAGUUAAGCACACUCAGCAAACCAGUUAAGAUCAUUUAGCCCCAGACUUAGUGAUCCACAGUUCAGCCAUGUUAGAUAAACUCUGCUAAAGUUUAAACAUCCUUAGUCUUGAUGUGCUUUUUUUUUGCCUGAGUUGAAGUCUAAUAUAAAGUCUCAUCAGUGAAAUAAAUCAAGAGUUCUCCAUUUUAUAGAGUUGUUUAAAUUCAUGAUAAAAUAAUGAGAAGAUUACUCAUGAGAAUAGUUCAAAGAUGAGUCAGAUAUGAAGAGUCCUCUGUUGAUGAUCGAAAUGAAAGCCCAAAGACAUAAAACUCUCGUAAACUUAAUGAAAAUGCUGCACAUCCUCUCAUUUGAGAUACUGAAGUCAGUGGAUUAUUUGCCUUUCAACCAAAUAUUUCACAUUAAAAAGGUGCAAUGUAGAGGUUUCUUUAAAAAAUGUGGUGCAUUUCUUGAAAUCUCUUACUUUCACAUGUGCAUUGAAUUUGUUCUGUAUCUUGAAGUGUUUGUGAAGCUGCUCUUUAUGUUCUAAAUUGUAUUUUUUACAUCCAUCUAUCUCCAACCACUCUUUUUUUCUGUGUUUCAUUGCCUAUGCAGAAACAAUCCUGUGUUUUAGGACAAUAAACAGUCAAGUAUAUAAAUGUGUGAAAGCUGCAGUGGGAAUGUGUAUUACAUCACGCAUUCAGCAUCACACAAUGAUGUCUUUAUUUCCCGCUCUUUCCAUGUAUUCACCCCCUCACUGUCAAGCAAUUAACACAAAAGACAUGAUGCUGCUCCCUGAGGAGGUUCAGGCUUGAAGAAGUGAUUAUAUAAAGUGAGAUGUGAUGUUUCCAUGUGCUGUUUUGCCCUCAGAAAGCUGGCAGUGUUUGAUACGUGGAGCAGGUUAGUCGUUCAUGUGGCGAUGGACAACACCGUGGUCAUCGAGGAGAUCAGUGAGUCCACCUGUGUUGCAAAGUUUGAGUGUUCAGCUCCUGUUAUCAUUCAUAUGGAUAGGCAGUUUAAAUGUCACUUUGGUCCUUGUACUCCAGGCUGAAUCACUGACACUGCGGGAUUGUUUAGACUUCAGCUAAAUCUUACAGCUAUUGAAGAUCAAAGGUUUUCUCAAAAGCAAACAAAAAGUUAAUCCAUGACAUUUCAUGACUUAUCUGUGUGUGUGUGUGUGUGUCUGUGUGUGUGUGUGUGUGUGUGUGUGUGUGUGUGUGUGUGUGUGUGUGUGUGUGUGUGUGUGUGUGUGUGUGUGUGUGUGUGAGAGCGAGAGAGAGAGAGAAAGAGAGGGAGGGAGGGAGGAAAUAUUUUCAAGUGAAGAGCCUCCAUUAGAUGGAUUGUUGCAUAAGCAUAAAAGUGCUGAGUCUGUGUUAGAAACGUUCCCUCAAUGAGCUCUGCUUGACUCUACUGUGCAGUACAAGGUCAUUUGUCUCAACAUGGGGAGAAGAAAAAAGCUGAGUCUGUAUUUGCACAAAACUGCAUUAUUGGUGUCACUGCAGAGCGUCUUUGUAUGCCCUGGCUGGACGGAGCAUGUGCAGAUACAGAAGGUGUUGGAGAGCUGAACGGCUGCCUGGAGGGGGCGUGUGCUCUGGCUGAGGAGGAGACAGCACUCUGGAAACCUCUGGUCCUGCUCAUCCCCCUCAGACUGGGCCUGAGUGAUAUAAACGAGGCCUACAUAGAAACCCUGAAGGUGAGCUUCUUUACAGAGUAUUUUUUCACUGUCUAUACAUUUAAAAGCAAACUAGUUCUCUGUCUCAGUGAUUCUGUACAACCCAUACGUCCUUUUAUACAGCGUCUGUCACAAGAAACUUAACAUAAAAACUGUAACAAAGCCAUUUUGCUGUGACAUUUUUAUGAGUAAGAUAUUGGUAAGACAUCUCUACCCUUGGAAGUAGCCAUUGAGAGAGAAGCUUAGCGAUGCCUGUUCCCUGCAUCUUCAGUCCAGUUCUGGUUUCAAAGGUUAAAGUCAAAGUUUUAAAAAAAGCUUCAAAUUAGAUGUUUUAUAAGAAGUGAGUGUUGUCCACUUUUUAUUACAGUCUUAAGUUUUACUGGAGACUUUGCAGACAUAGUUUCCUGGUUCCAACAUCCUUGUUUGGCGGAAAAUUGGCACAAACUUUUAUAAACCCAGGUACUUGAAUUACUGUUGACAUGGAGUCUGCUCCAGCUGGAAUGACAUUAAGUCUCUUGUCUCUCUCCGUAGCAAUGCUUCAUGUUGCCUCAGUCCUUGGGUGUUAUCGGGGGAAAACCCAACAGUGCUCAUUACUUCAUUGGUUAUGUGGGUAAGUCUGAUUUGUGUGUUUGUGAAAUCAAAACUCACCCCUUCACAGCACUCAUAUGAAUACUGCUGAUGGUGGUCAAGUCAUUAAUAUGAUUGUCUUUUUUUGUAGGAGAGGAACUUAUCUAUUUAGACCCACACACCACUCAGCCUGCAGUGGAGCCUUGUGAAGACGGUCAGGUCCAAGAUGAGACAUAUCACUGUCAGCACCCGCCCUGUCGUAUGCACAUCUGUGAACUGGACCCAUCCAUUGCAGCAGUAAGAACACCAGAGAGGGUUUAAAUAGAUCAGAGCGUUUGUAUCCCAAAAUAAAGCUGCUUGUUUGAUGUGAGCGGCUGAAAAUUCACUCAGUUGUUCUGUCGUCUGCCAGGGUUUCUUCUGCAGAACAGAGGACGAGUUUGACGACUGGUGUAUGCGCAUAAGAAGGGUACGUCUCUUGUCAUAUGUCUGUUAUAUUGGGAAUGCAGUAUUGAUUUUGGAGACAUCAUCAUAUGAAUGUCUCUUCGUCUAGUGGUCCUGCAAGAAAGGGGGCCUUCCCAUGUUUGAGCUCGUAGACAGUCAACCCUCUCACAUGGUCAGCGUGGACGCCCUCAACCUCACUCCUGGUAAAUGGCUGUAACCUCUUCAUGAAAAAUCUAUUCAAACAGGUCUCUAAAUUCAGUUUGUGUUUUUCAUUUUCUGUGGUGACACUCUCGACAGAUUUCUCAGACUCGGACAGGUUGGAGCGGUUCUUUGAUUCAGAGGAUGAAGAGUUUGAGAUCCUUUCCCUGUGAGGGACAAAUGAACAAUGAUUUACUGUUCUCGACAGUUGGCGAGAGUUUCUUCUGUCUCUUCUCUGUAUCAGACGGAAAGCCUGAGAGGAUGAACAUUAACUGGAGACCUCUUGAGCCAGUCCAGCUCCAAUGGUGUAGUCAGUGUGCAUCACACAGCGUUCUUCUCAACAGCCACUGAAUGCUCUCUGUUUCCGACAUCGAGACCGCCGGGUGGAAGCCGUAGCAGGAGCUCAGGAUUAAUUCUGUAUGCACAUCUUCCACAUCCAUGUGUUUCCAUUUGAGUCUUAACACUUUAAAUGUUCAUUCUGAAGUGAUAUGGUGCCUUUCCCUGACUCCAUCUUUUAAAUUGCCAUAACAGUUUUAUGUUGUAUAAACACUUUGGUUCAUGAUGCCCAUGGCUUAUGCGGUUUGUCACUACUAACAAGUCUGUAACAGCCUGUAAUGAAACCAAAAGAAGUCGAUUCAGCAGAAAUGCUGUAUUAAUUAUUCAUGCAAAGUAUCCUUGCCAAGUUUUAAACAUACACAGGUUCAUUUGAAGAUUAUUUAUUUAAUCAAAACGCUGUAUAGACAGGUGAAAGAACAAUAGACAUGUAAGAAGAUUAAAAAUAUAAAUAAAUUCAGAAUCUGAGAUUUGGUCA